GUCUUGUCGUCUCCAGCAUCUGAAGAAGAUCGGUCCCCAACUGGACUCUGCAGAGGCAGCACUUUUGUACGACGGCGAAUUUUCCGAUCGAGAUUUGAACGAUUUCAACGAUGCGGACCCUCUCUUUGGCCGUAUUUCUGGCGACGCUGGCUGUGUCAUCAGGACACGGACGUCUCAUCGAGCCUCCCUCGCGCGCGUCCGCCUGGCGCUUCGGCUUCAGCACGCCCCGCGACUACAACGAUAACGAGGGCUUCUGCGGCGGAAAGGCGAAACAGCACGACGUGAACGGGGGGCGGUGUGGGGUGUGCGGGGACUCCUGGGAGCUGCAGCCCCGGCCCCACGAGGUGGGGGGGCUCUACGCAACGGGCAUCAUUGUCAGGAACUACAGCACGGGCCAAGUUAUUGAGGCCACGGCGCAAAUAACAGCAAACCACAAAGGAUUCUUCGAAUUCCGUAUCUGUCCUACGAACGACCCGAGCAUUGAAGCUACACAGGACUGCCUAGACAGAUAUCCCCUGUACGGCGUUGGAAGCUCAGAUCACAGACUUUACAUCGGCCACAACAACGGCAACCACAGCUUCAGGCUCAGGCUGCCGCAACAACUCAAUUGUCGUCAUUGUGUACUACAGUGGCGUUACGUGGCCGGAAAUGACUGGGGCAUUUGCUAUGAUGGCUCGGGGGCGCUUGGAUGUGGACCGCAGGAGGAAUUUCGUGCUUGCGCGGACGUCAGCAUUUCGGCUGACAGGGGAUCACAUCCAGCACGUGAGGCUAGACGCCGGACUACACAUGCAUCCACAAAUCCACGCAGACGCGUGACCGUCGCUCCUGUAGACGACGCUCCUCAGGACGACGUGGUCCUGACGCAGACAGGGCGUGCGUGUGAGGCACGUGGGAUCUGGAGGGCCGUGCCAGGCAUGCAUGCCUGGUGCACCACAAACUGCAACCACACUCCUGCAUUCUGCCCAACAAGUCACUGCUGGUGCACCUAAACAGUUGCUGUCACUCUUCUGACUCAGCUUUUUAGGAUUAUUUUUUUAAACCUAGCGUUGUUGCCAUAGAUUUUUCUAAUUAGCGUUGUUGAACUAUUAAAAUUACUUUGUAAGCUUGAAAAACUUGCUCGUUCAUUUCCAAAACGAAUGAACGAAUUCUAUAACCAAAAUGCGCUUUGAAGUAUGCUUAAAUAUUAGUUAUGACUUUUUACCAAUUUCGAAUUACUGAAUUGGUACUGAAUUUCAGCGUCGAUUCGGUGAGCUAAUAUAAGAACCUUGAAGGCACAAUAAAGAUAAAGGUUGAUAUCCAAGGUCGACUUCAUAACACGCAUGUUAAUUAAAGUUCAUAAAGUUUUGCAAGCAUUUUAGUAGGGAAAAUUCAUGGUUUAUUGGCCUGCCAACAGAGAUGAGAGUUUUGCAUUACUGAAAAUCUUGCGAAUGUUGUCCACAAAAUCCCGUCUGCUCCAAAAAUGGUCAGCGUUGUGUGCACUUCACACCAACGUUCUAGUCAGAAAACCCGGCAAUAAAAUGAACUUUUUCUGUAA